CCUAACAUGUAAGCACGUCAAAUCAUUUUCUAGACAGAGUCUGAAUCUCUUUUUCUGUUUCUCUCUCUCUUUCUCCCAUUGUCUCUCUGUCUCUCGCUCUCAUUCUCUUUCAACAUGGAAUUUGAAAAGCAUGAAAAAGGAAGCUUAUUAAAUGAGAAUUUAGAGGAGAAACUGACGGUCUCUUCUGGUGAUUCUGAAGCCAAACCUUUGAUCUUCACAUUUGUCCCCACUGUCAGAAGACUACCAACCCACUCUAAGUUGGCUGACACCUCUAAAUUCCUUGUUAAAAUUCCUGAGGAACCAAGUGAUAAGAAUCCAGAAACUGUAAAUAGGUCUGAUUUCAAUGAGUACUUGACCUUGAAUGCUGGGAGCCAACGGGAGAGCGACCAAGGAACGUUGAUUUAUCCUUCAGAGACCAGUGAAAAUAUUUCACAAGGAAGAGGUUUCAAAGCAAAGGAACUUCAAGGAAUGCAGCAAAGUGACCUCUUUAAAGCUGAAUAUGUCUUUGUUGUGGACUCGGAAGGGGAAGAUGAACCUACCAGCAGAAAAGGUGAACCAGGCCCCCCUGGAGGGAUGGGCACCACAGCUUCUCGGCCAAAGUCUCUAGCAAUUUCCUCCAGUCUGGCCUCUGAUGUGGUACGUCCCAAAACACGAGGGACAGACAUGCAGGCCCCAUCACAUCCUGAAAUGUCACAUGGGAUUGCUCCUCUGCAAAAGCAUGGGCAGUUAACUUCUCCCACUACCUCUGAGCAGCUUGCCUGUAAACCACCUGCUUUCUCCUUUGUUUCUCCAACUAAUCAGAAAACGCCACCUGACCCAGUUAACCUCGACGGAGCCUCUGUGCUAGAGGAGUUCCACACUAGGAGGCUGGAUGUCAGUGGGGCCUUGGUGGAAGAAACAGCUACGUAUUUUCAAACUUCUCACUCUUCACCCUUUUUUGCAUCGAAGGGCACCUCCUCGACGCUACAGUUUCCCCAUUCCACUCCGUUAUCAGGUUCUAAUUUAUCCAGUCCAAGUGCAGCAGAUCAGAAACCUGGACUGGCCUCUGAAGUUCUGAAGAAGACAACAACUUUAACCUCGCCUGUCCUUAGCCCCAGAGAAAGCCCCCAAACCACCUCUUCUUCACUAUCCCCCAGUGCUUCUCUGAAGUCAAAUUCGGCCUCAUACAUACCAGUCCGUAUUGUCACUCAUUCACUCUCUCCAAGUCCAAAACCAUUUACCUCCUCUUUCCAUGGCUCUUCUUCCACAAUCUGUAGCCAAGUGUCAUCUAGUGGAAAUCUCUCAAAGUCAGGGGUGAAAUCCCCAGUGCCCUCCCGGCUUUCCCUUCUUACCGCCAUCCUCAAGUCAAAUCCUUCUCACCAAAGACCCUUUUCCCCUGCAUCCUGUCCCACUUUCUCUCUUAACUCUCUGGCUUCUUCCACACUGACUCUGGAUCAAAAAGUAAAACAAACCCCACCCACACCUAAGAAGUCUCUCUCUAGCUGCUCGCUGAGAGCAGGGUCGCCAGAGCAGAGGGAACACCAGGUUUCCGAACUUAGCCAGCAAUCCUUCCACUUACCUUUUUUAGCCAAAUCUACUCCCCUUUCUCAGGCAUGCCCCCUUUCUCCCACAAAACAAGACAGUAGCAGCCUCGUUUCUUUGAAUGUAGAGAAAACAUCACCCACUUCUUUGAAAAGCAACCCAACAUUCUCCCUGCUACAGACUGAUACCCUCAGUUCUGCAGAUCUUCCUCCUGUUCCACCAAGUGUUCCUUCUGUCUCUUUGAAGGGCAAACAUGAUGUUAACUUCAGGGGUCCAGAAAAGCCCGGGAAUAUUCACAUACAUCAUACAUCAGCCUCCUCUGCAUCAUCUUCUCUGUCUCCUCCCAUUAACCAAAGAGCCAUGCUGUCCUCUCCAGAGAAAUGUUUCCAUCCUUCCCCAGCUCUUUCUAACCUGAUAAACAGAUCCAAGAAAGCAGCCCCACAGCUAGGUGGCCAGGGGCAGAAUCUUUCAAUUCCUCCUUCAACCCCUGUCCCCAGUGCUAGCUCUCCCUCUCUUCCCAAACCAGGUUCCGCCUCUCCCCCUCAUGCUCAUCUGCCCACUCAGGCACUCCAGCUCAGCCCAACACUGUACCCAAAUUGUGGCAGUGGUACCUUGCCCUCAAGACUUGGAAAAUCUGAAAGCUCAGUAUCCAGCCACAGGUCAUCUGUUUCAACCCGAUCACCUUCCAUCUCUCUAACAAGAACCAAGGAGCUGAUUUCACCUUGUGCAUUGUCCAUGUCAACAGACCCUGAAAAUAAGAAACCCAAGCAAUACAAGACCAAGUCAAGCUACAAGGCUUUUGCAGCAAUCCCUACAAACACAUUGCUUUUGGAACAGAAGGCACUGGAUGAACCAGUCAAGACUGAAAGUGUCUUCAAGGACAACACAUUAGACCUGCCUCUGGAGUUUUGUUUCCCUGCACAGCUCAGGCAGCAAACUGAAGAGCUCUGUGCUACCAUUGAUAAGGUCUUACAGGAUUCCUUGUCUAUGAAUUCUUCUGAUUCUCCUUCAAGUUCCUCACAGACAUUGUUGGGUUCUGACACAAUGAAAAUGCCUACAACUCUUCCGAGAGCAGCUGGUCGAGAAACCAAAUAUGCAAACCUGUCCUCUCCAUCCUCUGCAGCAUCUGAGAGUCAGCUGACUAAGCCUGGAGUCAUUCGCCCAGUACCUGUAAAAUCCAAAAUAUUACUGAAAAAAGAAGAGGAAGUCUAUGAACCUAACCCUUUCAGUAAAUACCUGGAAGAUAGUAGCGACUUCUUUUCUGAGCAGAAGUAAACUACUGCUGGCAUUGUUUUGGGAAGCAAGACACUACUCUCCAUAAAGAAAGGCAUCAUGAAGUCUCUGGUUGGAUGGGUC